CUUCUUGUUGUCAUUUUUCAGGGCCACCAGGACCCAAAGGUGACCAGGGCAAUGAAGGGAAGGAGGGAAAGCCAGGUAUCCCUGGAUUCCCUGGAAUUCGAGGUCUGCCCGGAGAGAGAGGUACCCCAGGACUGCCUGGUCCUAAGGGUGACGAUGGGAAACUAGGGGCCACAGGCCCCAUGGGCAUGCGUGGAUUCAAAGGGGAGCGAGGCCCGAAAGGAGAGAAAGGAGAGAGAGGAGAGAUACACGAUGGUGUGGACUUCACAAUGAUUCGCCUGGUGAAUGGCUCUGGGCCACACGAGGGCCGAGUGGAGGUGUUCCAUGACCGUCGCUGGGGCACAGUGUGUGAUGAUGGCUGGGACAGGAAGGAUGGGAGCGUCGUGUGCCGCAUGCUGGGCUUCCAUGGUGUUGAGGAGAUCUACCGGACAGCUCGUUUUGGGCAAGGCACAGGGAAGAUCUGGAUGGAUGACGUGAACUGCAAGGGAACAGAGAGCUCCAUCUUCCGCUGCCAGUUCGCCAAAUGGGGCGUGACAAACUGUGGGCAUGCUGAGGACGCUGGGGUGACUUGUACUACGUUCUGAAAGUGGGCGCAGCCCAAAGCCGGGCCACCGACAUGACCACGUUCCUGUAGCUCUGGGGCAGGAGGAUUACUUGGAGCUACCUAACCAUGGCUCAUGCCCAGCCCAACACCACCCCCAACUCUGCUGCCAAUUGGCCCUACUCUGGACCCAAGGUGACCCCUCGUCACUUUCUUUGCAGACGACGACUCCAAAGUGCUCACUGGGACCUGCAUUCUGUCUUUCCUUCCCACCGGGGUUUCUACAUGGGGGGUCCCAGUCAACUGAACCACCAGCGUGCUCAGGGCCUAGGGAUCGAUGUUACAGAUGGUCUCUUGGUUACGGAUGGAUGCUGAUAUGAUGUCAUAGGCAAGAGCAGCAAUGGAGGUGGGGGGGUGCUAUGAGUCGUUCAUUUUGCAGAUAAUUCCUAAAUUCCAGAGUUCCAUCGCCCAUCUCCCCAGCAAGUAGAAACCUUUAAUGACUCUGUUUCCUUUCUUUUCCUCUGCCUCUUCACACUCUAUGUUAGUUUGAGGAAGGGGCAGAGGAGAAGUCAUCUAUAGGAGACAUAAGAAAAUGCCAGUUGCCAAAAGAACCCCAACCGGAGCUGGGAAGAGAUGGGAAUAACUACCGUUCUGUGCUACAUUGUAUCUCGGGUGCUGAAAUCACUUAACCACUUUGCUGUGCUAAUACAAGGCAUGUCAGUCAGGGCAGGACCCUGCCUCCAGGUAGUGCUCACCUGGCCCAUUCAUCUGGCUCCCAAGUUAGAAGACCAAGGUUAGAAGAACCUGAGGCCAGGUUCCUCCAUGAGCCUUUGUGUCCCCUUCUUGGGCCUGAGCAACAAGCUUGGGCUGUAGACAUUGGUUGUUAGAAAGCUGUAUAUUCCAAAUCUUAUAGCAAGCACAUAUAAGAUCAGACAGGAUGAGUUUCUAAGUCAAACGUCCACACAGGAAGGCUGAUCCGGAGGGUGACAUGGGAGCUAUCCAGAUUAACCUGAAGCUGUGUCUCGGGGCAGUUGGUGACCUUGUACCUUUCAGGCCUCUUUAAAUAUAAUCCUGUGAUCAGAGGGAAACAGACCUGGUAAAUCCCCCAAGGGCAGAAAGAAGUGUGAAUUCUCUACAGCCAUCCCGUGGGAAGUGAGUUGUCCGGGGCCUCUUCCAGCUUGUGAGCCGCACUCCCCUCCUGGUUACAGAGUGAACAUGUUCUGUUGUUGGCCCCGGAGGAGGCCGAAUUAGAUGGCACAUGUGUUCUAGAACUGGGGGAGCAAUUGAGUGCAGACCUGCCUGGCUAUAGUAGAGCCACAGACACAGUCACAUAUCCUGUGAGGUGAGCAUAUCUUGCUGGGGGCGAGGAAGACCUAGGUACCUCCAGGUGUUGUUUUCCCCCAAAGAUCCUGGCUGGCCACUAAGCCUAUAUGUGGUCUUGAUCAUUCUUGCUUACAAUAUGCGUUACUCACUACUGUUCUCAUGAUCUGACCAACUCUUGUGUUUACAUAACAUGCAUGUACUCAUGCAUCUUCUUCUAGAGCCCAUGUACGUAUACCUGUAUAAGCGUAGCACUCCUUAUUACAUAGCUCUGCACAUCACAAUAGUUAUGUUUUAAAAGAUAUACUAAAGGUUGUUAUUUUUUAAAAAAAAAGAUAUUUUAAAAGUGUGUAAACAUCACUUUGAUAAUUCUGGGAAAGAACCCGGUUACCCCGAUGAUGAAGACUCAGGUAACUUUCUCACUCGGUCUUUACACGGGGGAAAUACAAGUUUGGUUUUCUAUCUAUGAAAGCAAUGUUGAAAAAUAUUUUAACCAUAAAAAUAAAAGUCGACUAGUUUACAGACCUACUUAUGAGGACAUGGAAAUGACCGUGGACUGUAUUUCAGGGACCAAUGGGAACCAGGCCUAAAAUACUUCAGACCUUUUGUAAGAAAGAAUUUCAAUAAAGCAAACAUUUGAAAAAGA